CAUCUAUUUCUUGCACUCAAGUUCCUCCCAAGUCCAACAUUAUCAGCACCAGAGAGAAUCCUCAUGAACUGAAAAAACCCAAAAAAAAAAAAAAAUCUCUGCUCAGGAUUUGAUGUUAAACAGCUUCUGUACUGGAGCUAAAUGCUGAGGCUGCAUGUGCACUGCUCUCUCAAUCCGACACCGCCUUGUGCGAAACAAGUUCAAUUCGCUGGUGGAAGAAGCUAUGGUUUUUGGUGGGUCGUUAAUAAGCCCAGCAGAACCAAGAAGCUGCUUAGAGAAAUCUCUCUCAAGGCCUUGAAGGACGAGACAAACGGCAGCGGCGGGGGAAGCGUUCCGUCAGGGAGGAGCUGGGAACCUGGCCCCGAGAUCCAGGUCCCGUUCGAGCAAAGGCCGGUGAACGAAUACUCGUCGUUGAAGGAUGGACCGUUGUACUCGUGGGGCGACCUGGGACCAGGGGAACUUUUCCUCAGGCUCGGGGGUCUCUGGUUUGUGACUUUCACAGUUCUCGGUGUGCCAAUCGCAGCUGCAAGCUUCAAUCCGGCAAGGGAACCUUUACGAUUCGUGCUUGCAGCAGGAACUGGAACUCUUUUCCUCGUUUCGUUGAUUAUCUUAAGAAUUUAUCUGGGAUGGAGUUAUGUUGGUGAUAGGCUAUUGUCAGCAGUGAUACCAUACGAAGAGAGCGGAUGGUACGAUGGACAAAUGUGGGUGAAGCCGCCCGAGGUCCUGGCCCGCGACAGGCUCCUGGGAUCAUACAAGGUUAAGCCAGUCGUCAAAUUGCUGAAGCAAACAUUAGUCGGGACGGGGGUGUUGCUAGUAUCAUCAGCGAUGUUAUUCACCUUCGCCACUCCGGUCGAGGACUUCUUCAAAAGCACGUUCGCACUGCAGGAGAGCCCAUCAGCUGCUUCAAAGAUGAACUCAAAGUUCAACAUCAAGAAGGAGGAGUUACUAAGAUUGCCCGUGGAGGUAAAGGCUGACGAUGAUCUAGCAGCAGCUGCGGCCGAGGCUGCUGAUGGUAGGCCGGUCUAUUGCAGGGACCGGUUCUACCGCGCGCUGGCUGGUGGACAGUACUGCAAAUGGGAGGAUCUAGUCAAGUGAAGUAGCCCAAGAAAAGGGUCAUACAGUUAGUGUACUUUGAUUUCCCAAGUUCAUUUCUUAAGUUCGGUGUACACGCAUUGCAGAAACACGACAACGCGAGAGCAAUUCUCUUUUCCUCAUCUUAUAUAUAUACUUCGAGCAAGUAACAAUUC